AUGCGACAACGAGGAGCUGGUGCUCGCUCUAUACCUACGAAUUUUGGUUUCAUUUUCCACGCUGGUCCUAUCCAAGUCUCCGACACGACUGCAAUCGAAUCGCCCUCGCCCUCAAACACACGACCAAUUGCCCUUGCGCAUACCCAAAUUCAUCACCAUUCCGAAUCCUCGCUUCCUUCACACGUGCCAGCCCCAAAGAGAAAACGAGUCGUCCGAGAAGAAGAAGAUGAUCAAAUCUGGUUCAAGAAGAGGACAAAAAAGACAACCUUUCAAGAACAGAAAGAGGAUACUAUUCUUGCUGCCGCCCUGGAUGCUAGCCUUGAUGUGACACAACAAGAACCUCCGGCCGCCAACAAGCCCACAAAGCGAAAGGUCAAGAAACGCGUUCUAGUCCCGAGACCACGCCAGAAAGACUCUCUCAAACCUCAGCCAGACCAGCCAAUUUCUCUACCAAAACCUGUGGUCGAGGACAUCCCACAACCCAAGAGAAAGACAAAGUCCGACCAGGAUCCUCAGGAUGUAUGCCUAGCUGAAAAAGCUCGGAAGAAGGCCUUGCCACCGAAAAGAGUGGUACGGAAGCAUGUACAAGAGAACAUCGAGACUGCGCAAUCGAGCCCGAAAGAAAGCACACAGACAAUAACCACACUGCCACUGAAGGAAAAAAGCAUUGAUAAGAAGCCAAAGGCUAAGACCACUAGACAACAGAAUGUCACCAAAAAGCACCUUGAGAAGCCUCUUGAGGAACAAAUUGCUAAGGCCCCGGUUGACGCACAGCAGGAUCCAACGCAGGAAGGGAACUCUCCACCAAAGAGGAAGAAGCUAGUCCGGCGAGUGCGUGUCCCAAGAGCAACCGCGAAACGAGCGACAGCUAAGGAAGACGACUUGUCGAACACGGUCAACAACGAUGAUACCAAUCCACUCGCUUCAACCAAUGAGACCGACUUGGUCUUGUCAGAGGCAGUGGCUCCAGCACCGAUCCCUAGGAAACCAUCAAAGACUCCCAAAAGAAUCUUUUUCAAUGAUGAUUCUGACAUUGAUCUCGACCAGAUGUUGAGUGGUAUUGCAGCGAUAGCUGAAUCCAAAGGAGAUACCAGGAUAACUACCUCAAAGUCAUCUCUCACGGCGAAGAAGAAAAUUGCUGCAUAA